CAGAGCAUAAAAUCUCAUUAUCUCUGUCUUCUGAGGCUGAUAAAGAAAGAACAAAAAUGCAAUACAGACCGAUGGAGAUAACCAUAAUCUCAGCCAAAGAUCUGAAGAGAGUGAAGCACCUCAGCAAGAUGGACGUGUACGUCCUCGUUUCGCUCUCCGGCGGUCCUCAGAUAGAGCAAAAGACCCCAGUCGACAAAGGGAGCGGACCGAACCCUACCUGGAACUUCCCGAUGAACUUCAACAUCGAUGAAGAAGACGCCAAGAAGGACCGUCUGAUCCUGAACUUCAAGGUCAUGUGCCAUCGUCGGAUCCACAGCGACAAGGAGAUCGGAGAAGCCAACGUCCCGGUCAAGGAGCUCUUGGACAACGGUGGCGACGGCAAGUUCGUUAAGUACGUCACGUACCAGCUGAAAAAACCUAACGGCAAGCAUAGAGGACAGCUCAACUUGUCGUACAAAUUCGCUAACCAAGCCCUCGAAACAUCUUCAUCGGUUAAGGUCAACGAACCGGCAGCAGCCCCCGCCUACCCACCGCCGGGUUAUCCGCCGGUAGGAGUGCCUCCGAUGGGAUAUGCGGCGCCGCCUUUUAACGGAGGUUUUAAUCCUCAGCAGCAGGCGUUUGGACCCGGGUUUUCCCCGACGGUAGUGAGGCCACAGAAUACUAGUGAUAACACAGAAGAGGAAGCUUAUCUGAGUGGGGUCCUUGAGGGGUUUAUGCUUGCUCAAAUAUUGGCCAAUGGUGGGGCUGGUGGUAAUGUUAACCUUGAGAAUUUGUUUGGGGCUGGAUUUACUACUACUGAUCAGGAAGAAGUAAGUGGCGCUGCCUGUGAUGCUGGCCCUCAAGUGGCUGGGACUGGGGGGAUUGAUUAUUGA